GGCUGGGGACUGGGCAUCAUUUAAACCUCCUGCAAAGGCAUACACACCAGUUUAGAAGAGAAAAAUGAAGAUGGAACAUUUUGAAAUGGUCACCACGCUGCUGGCAGCCAUGCUCCUAAUGGACGCCUUCCAGGUGAAGGCGCAAGUGGCAGACGAGGCAGAGUACGCCUUUGACGAUGAGUACUUGAAGUGCAGCAAACGGAUGGAAAUGAAGUUUGUCCCCCAGCUCCUCAAGGAGGAGAUGGCCGAAUCUGACCCCCUGAGGGCGAUAUGGGACCAUGCUGCCACCAGCUGGGAAGCCCGGAAGGCUCGGAUCGCCCAGCCCUUGAACUUCAAGGACACUUAUGGAAUAACUCUAAUGGCGUACAUCACCGAGGCGCAAGAGAAGACACCCUUUUACUACACGUUCAACACGCUUGUGAAGGUGGCUGGCAGGUCCCGAGAAGAUUACGUCUACACCUUUCCAUUCAAGGCUUUUCAUUUUUACCUGGUAAGAGCCCUGCAGCUGCUGAGACGACCCUGUGAGGAGAGUUAUAGGAACGUGGUGUACAGCAGUUCAAACAUCUCACUCGCAUUCAACAGCAGUAUACUUCCGGACAUUUCACUCACACUGGGAGAGCAGAACCAAACCAGGCUGGACAGCUACAUACUGGCCUAUUCAGCCAAGCCCCCAACAGCUGACAACCAGCGAGUGCUGACCAUCCGCACCUGCUUUGGAAUUGCUGUGGGAAAGUUUUUCAACAAAGAAAGGGAAGGAGCUGUUUUGAUACCUCUGAAUGAAGUUUUUCAAGUGUCGCGGGGAGGAACUGCCAACGACCUUAUCCUCCAGAGCAUAAACAAGACCUGCAGCUACUUCGAGUGUGCGUUCCUCGGGGGUCUAAGAGCUAACAGUUGUCUUGAGAACCCAGAACAUAUUGAACCCGUGUACGUCUCCAACCCUGAACUGGACAUUCAGAAGCUUGAAGACUCUGUGCCUGGAAUCAAACCCUGGCCACCCUGCAUGCUAGAUAGGAAACACGCUGCAUCCACCGGAUUACCAGGAAUUCAAGUGCUACGACCAGAUGAAAAUUUUCACGUACCGGAUCAAAAGCCUGAAAACAAACAUCAAGGAAAUGCUGACAAUCUUAGUCCAGGUACAGUUCCACGUCCCAAAACCCACCCUUCCGCAUCCUCUGGCCACAUGCUCCUUCCAUCAGUCACAGCAUCCAUCGUUUUAACCAUCGCUUCUGCUGUAAACGUAUUCAUUGCUCUAUAGCAUGAAAUGGUAUCUGAAUCUUUAUUUGAAAGAUGCUAUGGGGACCCCACAGGUCACUUGGGCAGACUUACUGUAUAUUUGUCCCUUGUCCAGAUAGUGUUAUAGAAUUAACUUUACAUUUCUGUAUUAAUUUUAGGAUUGUAAAAACCCCAAAGCUGUAUACUUUUGAU